GGUUUAGAUAUGCGUCCUUACUUUUCCAAUUGUUGCGAUCCUUCUUCUUCGUUUUUCCGUUUCAAGGAUUUCAUACACAACUUUCCCAUUUGUCAUUAACAAAACUAAAAAUAUUGAAACCAAAUUGCAAAAGAAAUCCCAACUCAGCUCCUGCUACACACAGUCUUUUCUUUCUCGAUUCCUUUCCAGCUCUCAGCUACUUUUCUUGAGAUCUUUCUUACUUCUAAUUUUGUAAGGUGAUCACUAGCCGCAUUGCAAUUUGAUAGGACCUCCAAGAGAAAAACCAGGAUUCUCAUAAAAAAUGGUUCUUGGGCUAAGAUCAAAGAACCGAAAAGGUACUUCAAUGCAAGUUGAUUACCUGAUUUACAUACAAGAAAUCAAGCCUUGGCCUCCGUUGCAGUCUUUGAAAUCUAUAGAAUCUGUAUUGCUUCAGUGGGAGAAUGGUGAUCAGAAUUCUGGUUCUUUCACUUCCAGUGUUGAAAAUGGGAAAGUUGAAUUCAGCGAGUCUUUCAGGCUUCCCGUUACUUUUUAUAGGGAAGCAUCCAGAAAAGGCGCUGAAAGUGACAGUUUCCAGAAGAAUUACCUAGAGUUAAGCUUGUAUGAACCUCGAAAGGACAAGGCAAUGAAAAGUCAACUAUUGGGAUCAGCAGUUAUAAACCUUGCAGAUUACGGGAUUAUCAAAGAUGCCACAACCAUAAGCACUCCGAUUAACUUCAAGAAGAGUUCUAAGAGUGCAGUACAAUCAGUUCUUUAUAUUAAUAUCCAACCAUUUGAUGUUGAUAAGAGCUUGUCCAAAGAAGUGUCACUGGAUGGAAGUGAAUCUGUCUCAGAAGUGACAAAUGAAGGGAAUGACGAGGAAACUGAGAUUGCCUCGUUCACUGAUGAUGAUGUUGAUGACAAUGUUUCCUCACAUUCAUCAAGGACUGUUUCCUCUUUGGCCUUGGGGUCUAGUAGAGGUUCACCAGGUCAAGAUGAAAAGCAUUUACAAGGAUCAACAAAUGGUGACACAAGUAGGGUCAUUUGGAAGCCUACUUUGCCCUCAGGUGUGCCUUCUCUGAAAGCAGGGGAGAAUUCCACAGUUGAAGCUACUAAACAAAUGAAUGGAGCUUCAUCCAACCCAUCAUCAAUUGGUUUAUUGUCCAAUUUGCAGAACCCUGCAAAUGCUCUUGUGGGCAAAGUUGUGUUCUCAAAUGAUUAUAUUCAGGUGGGUAAAAACUCAAACAGUGUAGGUCUUGAAGUGUCUCAAACCAUUCAAGAGGCUGAUAUAAAUGGUUGGAAAGAUGACAAAAGUGGACUGGAGGUGGAUGCAACUAAUAGUUUACAUGUUAAUCUUAUGGAAGAUAAACAAAAAAUGAAGCAGCAAGACAAUGGCCAGGAGGAGGAGUUUAUGGUGGAAAAGAAAAAUACUUUAGAGGAAGAACAGUUAGUUGCUAAAUUACCUCAAGAAGCUAUGAGAAGGCAACUCAAAUUAAGAAGUAACACCCUUGCAUCCAACAAGAUAGCAAAUGGAGUGCAGGGGAAUACACGCAGAGAUAGACUAAAGCAUCUGAAGUCUGUUCAGUUACAGUUUAAUGAAGCUGAAAGUGAUGAGCCCUUCAGCAAUAUCCAGUUCACGGAGAAGAAAAGGCAAAUUGAUAAUCUUGAAAAUGUUCAUAAAGAUGAUUUGAAUUAUAUACAAAGUGAAAGACUAAAACCAACAAAUAAACAUUCUGAUUACCAAGACCACUUGAUAUCUGAAGUUGAAAUGCCUGAGAAAGAGUCAAAUGAAUCUGCUGCUGAGGAGGUUCACCUUUACUCGGCUUUUGUCAAGCAUGACAACUCUACAAACAAGCUCCAACAAAUGGGAAAGGAAAAGGGAAACCAAAAUGACGAUUCUGGAGACAUUCAUAAAGUAGGUGAAUUUACACCAGGUGAUAGAGACCAAACAGAAAAUAGUUCUUCUGGGAACAAAGUUGAAUUGGAGUCCAAAGUCGAAAUGCUUGAGGAAGAGUUGAUGGAAGCUGCUGCUCUUGAGGCUGGUCUUUACUCCAUUGUAGCUGAGCAUGGGAGUUCUACAAACAAAGUCCAUGCUCCAGCUAGGCGCCUUUCCAGGUUCUAUCUUCAUGCUUGCAAGGCAAGGUCACAGGCUAAGAGGGCCAGUGCAGCUAGAGCUAUCAUCUCAGGAUUUGUUUUGGUUUCUAAAGCAUGUGGAAAUGAUGUUCCAAGGUUAACUUUCUGGUUGUCAAAUUCAAUUAUGCUGAGAGCAAUUGUAAGUCAGGUUGUUGAGAAAUUGCAACUUGCAGCAGCACCAUCUGUCAAUAAAAGUGACAGUCAACAGGGCAGGCAUGAGUCCAAACCUAAUGAAGGUGAGGAAACAAAUGAAACCUGUAGUUCUGAUGAAUGGGAGGAACCUCGAACAUUUAUAGAAGCUUUGGAAAGAAUUGAAGCUUGGAUCUUCUUGCGAAUUGUUGAGUCAGUUUGGUGGCAGACUCUGACUCCACAUAUGCAGUCCACAGUGGUGAAAGGCUCAAGCUCAAAGAAAACCCAUGCUAGGAAAUACGGAUUGGGUGACCAAGAACAGGGGCAUUUUGCUAUUGAUCUAUGGGAAAAGGCCUUCAAGGAUGCAUGUGAAAGGCUUUGUCCUAUUCGAGCUGGGGGGCAUGAAUGUGGUUGCUUGCCUGUGCUGGCUAGAUUGGUAAUGGAGCAGUUGGUGCAUAGAUUAGAUGUCGCCAUGUUCAAUGCCAUUCUUCGUGAAUCAGCAGAUGAGAUGCCAACUGAUCCUGUUUCUGACCCCAUUAGUGAUCCAAAGGUCCUCCCAAUACCGGCUGGAAAAUCUAGCUUUGGAGCUGGCGCACAACUGAAAAAUGCUGUAGGAAACUGGUCCAGAUGGCUCACAGAUUUAUUCGGCAUUGAUGAUAGUGACUCUCUAGGAGAUAUAAAUGAACUUGGAAGUAACAGUCAAGAAUGUGAGAGUUCAUUCAAGGCUUUUCACCUCCUUCGAGCAUUGAGUGAUCUCAUGAUGCUUCCAUUUGAAAUGCUUGCAGAUAGUUCAACAAGAAAAGAGGUAUGCCCUAUAUUUGGGGCACGGAUUAUCGAGAGAGUUCUUAAUAAUUUUGUCCCAGAUGAAUUCAACCCAGAGCCUAUCCCAGAGGCAAUUUUCGAGUCGUUGGAUUCUGAGGACCUUGCUGAGGAUGGGAAGGAGUCUAUCACAAGCUUUCCAUGCAUUGCCAGUCCUACAAUCUAUUCGCCGCCUUCUGCAGCUUUGCUAACAAACAUUAUUGGGGAGGUGGAAACUCACACUCUGCAGAGGUGUGGAUCAGCACUGCUCCGAAAAUCGUAUACUAGUGAUGAUGAGCUUGAUGAAUUGGAUUCACCCAUGACUUCUAUCAUUAUUGACAACUCCAGAAAUUCCCCCGUUCCAACAGUAUCAAAUUGGGCCCCAAAAGGUAAUGGGGGCCGGAAAGUUGUGAGAUAUCAACUUCUCCGGCAAGUAUGGAAGGAUGGUGAAUAACCUUUCAUUUGCCACCCACCUCUCUCUCUCUUCCCUGCUACGUCAUGUAUGUAUAUAUAAACAUGUAUUUUUUGUCGGCUGUUUUAAAUCAUUAAUAUUCGGAGCUGUAAAUUUUGAUUCCAUAUGAGCAGAAACAGAAAGGCAUGCGUAUACGGUUUCUAUGCGAUGUAGAGUUCUCAUUCUUGUGGUGCUUCUAGUUGACAGUUGAAUGGGAAUAGGCCUUUAUUGGGGCAAAUGAAGUUUUAUAAACAAUGUAUAUUAUUUAUACCUUAUUAAUAAUACUAAUGCUUUGAAGAUUC